AUGGGCGACACGCAGAAGGGCAAGCUUCACCAGGGAAGUCCUGUGAGAGCUGAACUGCAUCUGUUCCCCUCCAGAAAGCUCACAGGUGAUACCCUUCAGGACACCGAUCAAAGACAGGACCGCAGGCAGGAGCUGGAGACCGAAAGUGAGGUGGAGACGUCUUUUGGAAAGAGGCGGGCAAUGGUAACACCCUGUGGGAUGGAAGUCUGGGAGUGCGAGGACAGUGGCAGAGCGCACAUCAGCAAGGUCAUCCUUGCUGGGGACGAGCCGGACCCACCCAUGUGUGGGAACGGUGCCAUUUGGAUUCAGCAGGUGGGAGAGAAAACCUAUGAGUGUCCCGAGUGUGGGAAGAGCUUCAGCCGGAGCUCGUACCUGAGCCAGCACCAGAGGAUCCACCUGGCAGAGAAACCCUUUAGCUGCUCCGAAUGUGGGAAGAGUUUCACCCGCAACUCGGACCUGAUCAAACACCAGCGGAUCCACACCGGUGAGAAGCCGUACCAGUGCAACGAGUGCGAGAAGACCUUCAGCCAGAGGUCCAACGUGCUCAGGCACCAGCGGACCCACACGGGAGAGAGACACUACCAGUGCAACGAAUGCGGGAAGAGCUUCAGCCAGAACUCGCAUCUCAUCGUCCACCAGCGAAGCCACAAGGGAGAGAAACCCUUUCACUGCCCCCGGUGUGAGAAAAGCUUCAGCGACCGCUCCUCCCUGAUCAUACACCGGAGAGUCCACACCGGAGAGAAGCCCCACAAGUGCCAGGAGUGCGGGAAGCGUUUCCGGGACAGCUCGGCCAUCAUUCGGCAUCAGAGGAUCCACACGGGAGAGAAACCGUACGAGUGCACCGAGUGCAGGAAGACCUUCCGGCAGAGCUCCUCGCUGGUGACCCACAUGCGAACGCACACGGGCGAGAAGCCCUACAAGUGCCUCGUGUGCGGGAAGGGCUUUAGCCAGAGCUCGGCGCUCACCACUCACCGCCGGAUCCACGGUGGGAAGGCCUUGCCCGUGUACCACGGCGGCCUCCUGCCCAGCUCCUUCCAGUGUGCCGAGUGCGGCCGGAGGUGCAGCGACCGCUCCGCUCUGGCCAAGCACCAGAGCACGCACGCCGAGGAACGGCCCUACAUCUGCGUGGAGUGUGGGGACAGCUUCCGCCGGAGCUCGGCUCUCAACGUGCACCUGAGGAUCCACCGCGGGGAGAGACCUUACAAGUGCGAGGAAUGCGGAAAAACGUUCAGGCAUAGCUCAGCCCUCGGUGCCCACCUGAGGAUCCACGCAGGAGCCAAGCCCUACGAGUGCGGCGAGUGUGGGAAAAGCUUCCGGAAAAGCUCGACGCUUCAAGUCCAUUUGAAAAUCCACGCGGCCAAGAAACCUUAUAAAUGUACGGUGGGCAGGAGAACGCUUGCGUCUCGCUCACUGCUGCCAUAG